UAGCUCCGCUCUCCAUUCCGCGUUUUCCACCCCAGCAUAGUAGGUCGGAUCCAUCCAGCGCUAAGUUCCGGCUCCGUUUUUUGCAGGCGGCCUCCUCCAGCUGUUUGGCGCAUCUGGUCCGCCGCGCCUUCUUCUCCUUCUCCUCUUCCUCGUGUAGGCACACCACAGCUGCUAGCACCGAAGAAGCUGCCAUGUCCGGGGAAGAAGCUGCCGGGGACGAUGCGGGCGCCCCUCAAACGGGCACUGCUGUUCCACCCGCAGAGCAGCAGCGGAAUGAAGAAGCCGCGGCGGCGGCUGCAACAGCGACCGGCGGGGAGGAAAAGGCUGCUGGAGGGACGUCGGAGGAGGCGCCCGCUGUUUCUACCAGUACCGCUGCUGCUGGUCGCCAGUAUAGGGCACUGGUGCUGACCGGCUUUGGUGGUUACGAGAAGGUGAAGUUGCAGACCCGGCAGCUGCCUCAGGCGGAACCCAGCCCGGGCGCUGGCCAAGUCAGCGUGCAUGUCAAGGCCUGCGGGCUCAACUUCGCUGACCUGCUGGCUCGCCAGGGGCUUUACGAGAGGCUUCCCGCGCCGCCCGUCAGCCCUGGCAUGGAGGCGGCGGGAAUCGUCCUGGCCGUGGGCGAGGGCGUCUCCAGCCCAAAGGUAGGUGAUAAGGUGAUGAUAAUGGCCCGGUCAGGUCUCUGGCAAGAAAUUGUGACAGUCCAAGCCAAUCAGACUUUUCUCAUGCCAGAAGGAAUGAGCUUUGAGGAAGCAGCCGCCUUUCUGGUCAAUUACAUCACAGCCUACAUGGUCCUCUUUGACUUUGGCAAUCUGCGCCCCAACCAGAGCGUCCUUGUCCACAUGGCAGCAGGUGGUGUGGGAACUGCAGCAGUCCAACUCUGCAAAACUGUGGAAAAUGUCACCAUUUUUGGCACAGCGUCUGCCUCCAAACAUGAGGCCCUCAGAGAGAAUGGGGUGACUCAUCCUAUUGAUUACCGGGCAGCUGAUUAUGUGGCUGAAGUCCGGAAGAUCUCUCCCAAAGGUGUAGAUGUUGUUUUGGACCCCUUGGGGGGUUCAGAUACCACAAAAGGCUUUCACCUCCUGAAACCAAUGGGCAAACUAGUCACCUAUGGUGUAGCCAACUUGCUAACAGGGCAGAGGAAGAACCUGAUGGCUAUGGCGAAGACCUGGUGGAACCAGUUUAGCAUCAAUGCCUUGCAGCUGCUUCAUCUCAACAAAGCAGUUUGUGGCUACCAUCUGGGCUACCUAGAUGAGGAAGUGGAGCUCUUAGCUGCCGUAGUGACCAAGCUAAUUGGUCUCUACAAUCAGGGCAAAAUCAAACCAAAGGUGGACUCUGUUUGGCCCUUUGAACAGGUGGUGGAUGCCAUGAAGCAGAUGCAAGAGAAGAAGAAUAUUGGGAAAGUUGUCUUGAUUCCUGAAGCUCCACCGAAGGAUGAAAACAAGAAAACAGAAAAUUAAAGCAAAGGGCAUGGGUGGACUGUUUGACCUCAGGUUGAUUUUGGGGGACUUUUUUUUUACUGCCUCCCCUCCCCCCACAUCUGACCCUUGAGGGAAGUAGGAAUGGACAGGUCUCUCACUGCUGUUAAUGGAAUAAGUGACAUAAGGAUUGAAGAGAAAAAUGUCUUGUCUUGUGGUUAAUUGACUUUUUAAUGAUGAGGCAGGCUUCUGAGUUUCAUAAAAUCUUUACAGAGUAGAACUUAAAAGAUUGCCCCAUCUCUAUGAAAAUAUUGGUUGGCCUAGUUUAAAAAACAAAAUAUUAUGUGAAUCCAGCACUUCUUCUUUUGCAAUCUUGAUACUUUGUUCUUAAAGGAACCAUAGGGCAUCAUCUGAAGAGGUGAAAGGUGCACACGGCAGAUGUAUCCAUUGGCAUUUUCUCUGAUUUCUUUAUCUUUCUUCAUUCAGUGUUCAUAAAUUCCUAGCCAUGUUGUUUGUCUCUAUGGCCUCUUCUCUCCUUAGCCAUCCUUAGCUUGCCUCUGAAUACUCAGUGAUUAAUAAGUUUAGAGCAUGUAAAACACCCAUUGUUCUAGCAGCUAUUGACAGUUGACAGUUUCCAUAGAAACAAAUCUUCAAACUUGCCACUUUGGAAGGGCACAUUUAAUAAGCAGAACACACUAGGCAUCUUUGCAGCUGAAUGGGGGAGGAAGGGAAUUUUGUCUCUGGUGGCGCUCCUAUACGUUGGUGCAACAAAGCCACCACUGCUUCCUGCAAUAUGGAAGUACCCUGUGUUAUCUAGGCAAACCUAACAUAUCACGUCUUUUUCAAAAUCUAUUAUAGAGAUUGCAGGUAUGGAGAAAUCAAAGAAUUGCCAAUGAAGGAAGCCCCAAGCAGGCUUGCAACUAGGGUCUGUGCCACCCAGG